CUUUUCCAACAAGCGCUCGUCAAAGUCCUGUGCUGGGUGUACCAGGCCAGUCCCAGCCCAUGGGGGUCGUCGGAAUGCGCUUCGCGGAGCCUGGUUCUGGCUGGGGCCCUGGCCAUUCGCUGUACAAGCAGGGCAAGUCUGGAUGUUUGUCUGCCAGCGAGUGGUGCGGAGAGGGUGGCGGAUCAAUCAAUCAAUCGCAAUCAAUCAAUCAAUCAAUCAGCACCAGGCCGCAUGGACGCACGUCCGCACACGCACGCACACGCACGCCCAGCGUCCUGCAGCUUUCGACUUCUGGGAUGCGCUCCCAUGCCAUCAUGUCACAUAUCGGCCACUGCCAGGCAGUGAUACGACACGAAUGCGUUUUGGUAGGUACAUACAUGCUUCGUACAGUAUAUACCAAGAUAGUUACGGCACUUAUUUCCAAGCAAGAAGAGGGCAUCGUAUUAGAGCUUUGCAGGCAGAACGCAGAUUGAGACACAGAAACAGAGCAGAGACAAGAGCAACGGCACACACACACACACCGUCAACACGAUGGGAUGGGACACGCAGGAUUCCUACGCUGCUACUGUACGAGCCAUGUAUCUCUGGUCGUGCUAAGGCAACAGACUACAUGUAGCUCGACACACUCUGCAUGUCAGUUGCCGGCUCACAUCUUGGGAUCGCAGGCCAUGAGGGGCUGGUGGCGUCGCCUUCGCUGUCCGUGUGGGCCCGUCUGGCUGAGUUUGACAACGAACAACUCCAUAAUAAUAGAUGAUGCUACUACGCGAAAAUGGCCGACGGGGUCACCAGACUAGGGACUUGAUGAGUUGGUGACGGGUCAAACGGGCCAAACGAGCGGUCUCUGCACCCUAUGCCCUUUCCGGC